ACCGUUUUCUCUCUCAAACCACACUCCUCUCUCUCUCUCUCUCUCUCUUCGCCGUCCGCCGCCGCACAUGGCCGACUCCCACCGAAACCGCCCCUCCCGCCGCCAGCCCAGCCGCCUCCAGAGCCGCGCUCCCUCCUCGCUACAGAUUAACCGCGCCGUUAACUGGAACGUCGCGAUUCCGCUGCUCUCCCCGCUGGCCUCCUCGCCUCCGCCCCCUCCGCCGCCACAGAAGGAGGAGCCGCCGCAGCAGCGCCGGCAGAACGCCGACCCCGAAAAAGUUGUCUUCAAAAAGUGGCAGCACCCCGCGGCACCGUUUUGCUACGAACACACUUCGGUGGUUCCACCCUUUUGUUAACGUGUAAAUAAUAAAGCAAAAAAAAAAAUUAAAAUAAAAUGAGUAGGGUUAUCACUUA